CCGUGUGUGCCGGUGGUGGCGCGCGGACGAGCGUGUGGGGUAGGGCGAGUCAUAUGACCCGCUCGGCUUCCUGGCUUCGGCCGCCGCCGCCCGCCUGUGUCCGCCAGUGGUGCGCCGCGGCCCCGAGGAGCCGUUGAGGGGUCGGGGCUGAGGCCCGCUCGUGUGGGUGCCGUGCUGCUGCCGUCUUCCCGCCCGUCCGUUCCUUCUCCCUCCCGGCCGCCAUCAUGUUGGCGCUCAUCUCCCGCCUGCUGGACUGGUUUCGCUCGCUCUUCUGGAAGGAGGAGAUGGAGCUGACGCUGGUGGGGCUGCAGUACUCCGGCAAGACCACCUUCGUCAAUGUCAUCGCGUCAGGUCAAUUCAGUGAAGAUAUGAUACCCACAGUGGGCUUUAACAUGAGGAAAGUAACUAAAGGUAACGUCACAAUAAAGAUUUGGGACAUAGGAGGACAGCCCCGAUUCCGAAGCAUGUGGGAACGGUACUGCAGAGGAGUCAAUGCCAUUGUUUAUAUGAUAGAUGCUGCUGAUCGUGAAAAGAUAGAAGCCUCUCGAAAUGAACUACAUAAUCUUCUAGAUAAGCCACAGUUACAAGGAAUUCCAGUGCUAGUACUUGGAAACAAGAGAGAUCUUCCUAAUGCCUUGGAUGAGAAACAGCUAAUUGAAAAAAUGAACCUGUCUGCUAUUCAGGAUAGAGAAAUUUGCUGCUAUUCAAUUUCUUGCAAAGAAAAGGAUAAUAUAGAUAUCACACUUCAGUGGCUUAUUCAACAUUCAAAAUCUAGAAGAAGCUGAAGCAUCUCCUGAAGUCUUCCAGUCCUUCCUGGCUAUAAUCCUAGAAUUACUGUCCGUUCCUCUGAAGUACUUCCCAGAAUACGGUCCUUCCUAAACCCAAGAAAUUGCCUUUUUCAGAGUUUAUUUCUCUUGUGCACUGCUGAAGAUGUGUAUCCCUAAUCCUUCAUAAAGAAUCAGCUAGAGUUGUCAUGAUAAAGUCAGCACACACAGAAAAGCUUCUCAUACAUACUUGUCUUAAACAGUGUGUAGAGCCUUUUUUUUUUUUUUUUUUUUGGGAACUAAAACAAAAACACUUGACCAUCUUAAAU